GUGAGUUCAACAGUGCGCUAUGAACAGCAGGAACAGUUAUUUCAAUUUUGUGAUCAUGUGGCAAAGCAGUAAAAUAUCUUCAAUGUAUUUCAUGGACAAAGAUUCCAAACUGUCUAACUUAUUUCAACAGGCAAGCAGUCCUACAACAGGAACAGCUCCCAGGAGUCAAUCUCGGUUGUCUGUCUGCCCCUCCACUCAGGACAUUUGUAGGAUCUGUCACUGUGAGGGAGAUGAUGAAAGCCCCCUCAUCACGCCGUGUCGCUGCACGGGGACCCUGCGCUUUGUUCACCAGGCCUGCCUGCACCAGUGGAUCAAGAGCUCGGACACGCGCUGCUGCGAGCUCUGCAAGUACGACUUCAUCAUGGAGACCAAGCUCAAGCCUCUCCGGAAGUGGGAGAAACUACAGAUGACAACAAGUGAGAGGAGAAAAAUCGUGUGUUCAGUCACAUUCCAUGUAAUUGCAAUUACCUGUGUUGUUUGGUCAUUGUAUGUUUUAAUUGAUAGAACUGCUGAAGAAAUUAAACAAGGCAAUGAUAAUGGUGUCCUUGAGUGGCCGUUUUGGACAAAACUCGUUGUGGUGGCCAUUGGGUUCACAGGAGGCYUGGUCUUCAUGUACGUGCAGUGUAAGGUUUACGUGCAGCUGUGGCGCAGGUUGAAAGCCUACAACAGAGUGAUCUUUGUUCAGAACUGCCCAGACACCAUGAAAAAACUGGAGGAGAAAAGCUCUCCGUGYACUCAGCCCUCGGAGGUGAAGGAUKCAGUGGUGGUGCCGGUAGCACAGACAGGUACAAACUCUCAGCCAGCRGCGGAAGAAGCGACAUCAGAGGUCAUGCCAGUUUGACACGGACAGCGUUGCUUCUUCCUUGCAGAGUAAGCCGUAGUGUUUGCCACACUACAAAUGCUACAAGAAAGUAGAAUUGACUGUGCAUUUUUUCAGUUAAAAAAACCCAACCAAACAAAAAAAGAAAAAAAAAAUAAUUCCCCAUACAAAAACCAAAACUGCUCCAGGAAAAUGGAUCCAGCAAAGCAACUUGUUACUGUAUGGAAUGUGACCGUUCGUGACGUAGUUUCGCAGCUAGUCAGCAAGUGUAGUGAAAGUGGAAGUGUAGAAAGUGCAAUAGAGAACAGGUUUAACAGACAAUGCCAAACCGAUGUCACAAUGUACUUUUUUUUUUCUUUCCUGACUGGGCUGGCUGGGGAAGUAGAAACAGAACUGAUACAAUAAUCUUGUUUACAGAAGACACAAAACCUUUCGUCUGUUUACUACUAAAAGCUGUGUUUGCUAUUUAUCUUUUCAAAGAUAUGCUUCAAAGGGUACCAAUCCAGUUAUAUGCAUUGACAGAAUCAAAGUACAGAGCUGUAUUGCAGCACUUACUCUCACCUUCAUGGGACUGUAGUGUGGCCUGAAUAUUUGGGCAGCUGUGUCARCUAUGAAUAUUUGAACCAGUUGUUUUUAACAAUGGCUGAAUUUUUGAAAAGUAAGCAGUUCCAACCAGUACAAACUCAUGUCUCCAUAAGCUACAGGUAGUUCUUUUAAAUGUACCCAUCAGUGAAGUAAGUACAGGAAGGAGAGAAUAUGCAGAUAUACAUUUAGAAGAGCAGCUCAACUGUUUUAUUUUACUUUUUAAAAGUGAAUUAGACAUAAAUUGGAAUACGUGAAGUAUUGAGGCAGAAUUGUAAAUGAAAGAAAAAAAAAAGCAGUUCACUGCAGAAUCACACAAAAGUAAAUUGCCUGUUAUCAAGGGUCUGAAAAAGGAUGACACAUAGUGAUGAUAGAAGCUAUUUUUGGUUUUAGUUUUAAGGAUUCAUGGUACAGAAAGAUAGAUUUAAGACAACAUACCUACCUGCAUAUCUUCAGAAAACAUUAGUUUUUAAUCUCCUUGUUCUAAAAAGUUAGUUUUUAUUUUCCUGACUGAGAAAACAAAUCAAUGGUUUCCUUCUGUACAGGUAAAGUKAAGGUAUUAGAGAUUCAACAGUUUAGUUGUUAACUUUGUGUUUUGAGCACUGGCAUAUAAAAAUGAAGUGUGAAUAGCAUUAAAAGGUGCAAUAGAUAAAUGAAUGUAGAUAUAAAACUGUAUCCAACAGGGUGAAUUAUACAUAAUGAAGCAAUUCUGUGAUUCACUUUGCAAAGCUGCRGUGUUUACUACAAGGACACAAGAGCCGUAUUGACUUGGAGUAGUUAUGUAUCAGUGUGGACAAACCUCGGGACUGAACAUAACGUGUAUUAAAAAAAAAAAAAGAUUUAAGUUCUUUUUUUUAAUCUAGUAUUUAGUAAAGGAGGAAAAGCAAACAAGCAAAUAAAGAACCAGAGUAAUGAGGACAGGAGAGUACAGAUUUACUUAAAGGAGGGGUAUCUUYCACAAUUACUAGUGAAAUACAGUUCUACAGAAGCCUUGAAGUUCCUACUGGUAAAUUUUCUCUUGAUACACUCAAAUAUUUACAGUAUAAUAACAGAAUCAUCCUAUUCUUGCAAAUAUCCAGGCUGCUGGGCCUAAGAUGUAUUGGAGUUCAUAUACUAAGCAUUCCUUUGUGAAUGUUUACUGGCUUAAGGCUCAGGGAAUACUAGAAGUAGCAGUGUUAGCAAGAAAUGUGUCUUUAUCUGAUCAUUAUAUUCUUUUGUAUUGGAAUUGCUCUUGUAAUUUGGCUGUGACUAAGUGAUUGUUAUCUGGCUAGACAGGACACAAAACCUUGGUGCUCAAAUGGGUCCUUAAUACAUGUCAAUAUUUGCUGUAAGUUACUCCAGGUGAGUUGGAUUAAUGUUGAAGUUUUUUCACACAAUGGCACGCACUUUUUUAUAUAGAAUAAUUUCUCAACUGUACAACUGCAACUUCCAGUUGUAGCUGCUUCUUAUUUGAAAUUACAUACUAGAGAAAACAAACCAUUUCUCCAUUUAAAAUUCUGGAGGAGAUUUCAGAAGGUCUUCAGAGCAUGAUGACAGGAUUAAGGAAUGUCUCAUAACUGCACAUGCUUAAGUCUGCAACGGCAUGGUUUUCAAAAAGCUACUCGUUAAAAGGUAAAUCUCAUGAUAUCUGAAGUUAGACAAGAUUACUAACUCCAUCUGAAUGUUUGGAAGGAUGUUUGCAAUAAACCUGAUGAAUCAGCAAAAUCUACUGACAAGGAACAUUAUUAUAUGAAGGGUAAUUAAGAGCUUUUUGAAAUAAUAGUUUCUUACUAAGUGAAAGUAACCCUGCUUCUUUAGCCACCUUGUUCUUUGACCUGCUGUAACACCAUCAUAACCCCAUUGAAAGUACAUUAUUCCCUAUUUUGUCGGUUUACUGGAGACUUAAUUCACGGGGUUUUUUUUUUUCUUGAACAAGUACAAAAUUCACCUUAAAGAAGAAAAUAUCUGAAGAUUCUGAAAGCAGAACUGUAGCAACGACGAGAUUUUACAUUUUUUAAAAAUACACUGAAGAGUCAGCAACAGAAAAGACAAYGUGCAAAAUUUUAUACUAAUGCCUUCAAACACUAGUCUGGCACUCAACCAUAUAUGCAACUGAGUUUACAGUUAAUUAAAUAAAAGAAAGGAGAAAGACUUCAGUUGAAAUUCCUCCUCUCCCUUGGAAAUACUUAAUAUGGACAGCAGGGAAARGAGCAAAAUGGGACAUUGUCUGCUGAGAUCGACAAUGAGUCAAGUCACCAGCAAGAGAGAUUUCAGCUGGCUUGAAGCGGUCUUUAACCUUUCAAAGCAUUACAGUGUUAGCCCGUACAUCCCUUUCUCUUCUUAGGUGCACUGGAUUUUCUAGAGCUUUCAGGGAUUUCAUGCAGGACUGGAAUUUGUUUCUGAAGCAGGGUACAACCUCUUCAAGAGGGCAAGGAGCUAUUUAUACCACCAUGCCUUGGAUUCUGGUCUUCAUUARUGAGGAAAGUACACAAAUAGAGAAACUAGGCAAAUCCUUAUCAACCAGUGCUUUUUCAUUCCCACAAAGUUUUCUGUAUUAAUUUAUUAACCACAGUGUUCUGAGAAAAACCUGAACAAAACAGUAUGCUGAAGGUUUUAAGAUAAAGUCUAAGACUUUUUAAUGAAGAUGCYAUAUGAAAUAAAGAACCAUAUCAAACUCCUGUGUAGCCACAGUGCAGCUCCGGCAAAUAUGCUGACAGUGGAAUUUGGCCUGGCUAAACCCACAAGGGCAGCACCUGACUCUGAGCUGCCCUUACCAAGAAGAGCUUAAUCUGCAUUCUUGUUUAAACAAAGUUUUAAUAAAGAUAGGUAGAAGUAAUUUGAUGUCAGGUCAGAUCUGGAAGUUUAAACAAGAUACUCCUGUAUUCCCUCCUGUGAACAUGCACAUUUCUUUUCCUAUUUUUAAGUUACAAGCAUUAUAAAGUUUAUUUCAAACUGGCAUAAACAUACCACUUUUGACUAUCAGUAGCAUUACAAAGAUUCUUGACUAGUCUAACUGUGCCAUUCACACACUGCUCUAUCUGAAGGUAGUGUUUAUUUUUGUUGUGUAGAAAAAAUMGUAAUUCCCCAUCUCCAGAACAGUUUAUAAUUUCCAAUAAUGCAAUGAAACUUACACUCUGAUUAAAAUAUUUUACUGUGUAUAAUAUUUGGAACUACAAGUUUGUGAUGUUUGUUUAACUCCCUCUCUUUUGCAAAAGAAAAAGUGUAUGUUUUUGUGGGUGAAUGUGUACUGGAAGACAGAAGGUAAGGGAAAGAAAAGUAAUGUAUCUGCUUAAUGUUGUGAAAAAAUGUAUUUGUAUUAAACAAAUUACRCAAAGUACUGUAGUAUUCUACAUUUGUCACCUUGUUACAUGGAGCAUUAUAUGCUGAACAUGA